AUGUCAUUGCAGAAAUCUGCUCGAAACUUUGCGCAUCGCAACGUAACUAUCCUUGAUCCCCCACUUCAACCCGCGCCGAUGCGACCUGAGCACCUCGGCACUCUCGGCCGCCAGAACAUGAUUCGCCCUUCGGCUGAAGGCAUCCAGCCAAGAACAUCUAGCUGCGAGUUAUCGAUCCACCAAGAGGAUUCCCGGGAGAGGUUGCCGCGUAUUCUCUACCGCGCAGCCUUCUUGCUAGUUAUUGCCUCGUCAUUAUUGAUCGAGUUCAUCCGCCACCUUUCGCAUCUAGUCACCAUUGUCGUCAGUAUGAGACUCGUCACAGCUGUCGCGCUCUUGGCCUCCACUGCCACGGCUUUGGAAUGGCUCCCCAUCGUGCCCCUUCACGCACGUCAGGUCACCAGCGGAGCCAAGUACGAGUGCCACGAGAACUGCGGCUACGCCAUCCUUGGAGCAGCUGAGGACGGCUACUGCACCAACUCCACUUGGACGGACUACUUCGAGGGAUGUCUUCAGUGUGCGAAUACCUUCGACAUCUGGCAAUACUACGGAGACGGUGUCACAGAAGCCGCGGACGGAUGUGACCUUGACGCGACGCCUGUCACUGCUUCCAACAGCACGACCAACGCGACUACCACGGCAGGGACAUCCGGCACCGCUGGUGCAUCUUCCACAGCAUCUGCCACCGGCUCGAGCUCGUCUGCUACUUCGAGCACCGAUGCCAGCGCUGCCAACAGCAAUCAGCCUGCCACUAUCGCCUUUGCGUUGGCUGCUGUUAUGGCAGCAACUCAACUCCUGUGA